AAGAAUGUUGUAGCCCUUCCUUUCUCGCAUGAAGAAAUUAUGCCGAGAGGGGGGUGGAACUAAUGAAACUAGAUCGGAGGAGUGAAUUGACGAGCCGACGCCUGUACUUCCCUAUAAUCUUUCUUCUUGCUAUUUCGUAAUGCAAUUCAAGAGGCAACAAGUACCCAGAAGCAACAUAGUCCUAAUGCAUCAGCCUGCCUUAGAAUAUUCCUGUUUCUAGAGAUUUUGCUGUGGAUGUUCAGUAUUAUGCAUGUGGGAUUUUUUUAGCAAUCAAGAUACAUCUGUGUUAUGGCCUUUCCAGAACCAAAGCCCAAGAAACCUGAGCUUCCCCAAAAAUUGCUUGCUACACUAGAAUGUAAACAAGGAGCUAUAAGAGCAGUGAGAUUCAAUGUGGAUGGAAAUUACUGUCUCACCUGUGGCAGUGACAAAUCACUCAAGCUUUGGAACCCACACAAAAGGACUCUCCUCAAGACGUAUUGUGGCCAUGGCUAUGAAGUCCUAGAUGCUGCAGGGUCAUUUGACAACAGCCAACUUUGUUCAUGUGGAGCAGACAAAACAGUUGUGCUGUGGGAUGUCGCCACAGGCCAAGUGAUUCGCAAGUUCCGUGGCCAUGCAGGGAAGGUGAAUUGUGUCCAGUUCAAUGAGGAAGCCACUAUAAUUCUUUCAGGUUCCAUUGACUCCAGUGUCCGUUGCUGGGAUUGUCGCUCACGUAGACCAGAACCCAUCCAAAUCUUGGAUGAGGCCAAAGAUGGCAUCUCCAGUCUGAAAGUCUCAGAUUAUGAAAUUCUUACAGGUGCUGUGGAUGGAUGUGUCCGACGUUAUGACCUCCGUGCUGGAGAACUCUGCUCAGACUACAUUGGAAGUCCCAUUACCUGUGUAUGUUUCAGCAAGGAUGGGCAAUGCACACUGGCUGCUAGCUUGGAUUCUACACUGCGAUUGCUGGACAAGGAUACAGGCGAGCUACUAGGAGACUACACCGGCCACAAGAAUGUCACUUACAAGAUGGACUGCUGCCUGAGUGAAAGAGACACACAUAUUGGGAGCUGCUCAGAAGAUGGGAAAGUCUAUUUCUGGGAUUUGGUUGAGGGCUCCCUUGUUCUGACCUUGCCAGUGUGCAAUACUGCUGUCCAGUCACUGUCCUUCCACCCAGUUGAAACCUGCCUGCUCACUGCUGCAGGGGGUCUUGUUCAGUGUUGGAGAGAAGAAUCUUAUACAGCCGAGGAAGGUGUGCCUGCAUGACUAGCAUUGCCGUCUGAGCAAGAUUGCAGAUACAGGAUGAUGGACUUCUCCGAUACACUUCUCUUACAGUUCUAUGAGUAUAGUUCUAUGUACUUUGCUUUCAGGAGGAAAGAUGGGGCAUAAUUUGGACUCAGCUUCUUCUAUAGAAGCAGCCUGACUGAAUGCUGUCCUUGAGCUCAAAAAGGGCUCAAAGGUUUCCUUGCUUUAGGUGACAAUAUUUUUAAAUUCAGCCUAUGUAUUACAGACAUUAGUCAAGGAAAAGGUUUCUUUUUUAAAAUUGAGUGUUUCUGGAUUAGAAAGAAAUAACAGUUUAAAUGGUACGUGGGCAUUGUUUUAUUGUAAGUUUUUGUGGCUCAGAUGCUUAAACUACAUAAACACUAGUUCUGAUUCUUCACUUGAACAAAUACAUGAAUUUAAAUUGUCACUGUAAAAAAAUUAAGUAAUUUUGAAAAAAAAAUAUAUAAGUUUGCUUUCUGACCCUUAGAUGUUUACCUGUUUAAAAUUGCAGGAAAAAUAUCUUGAUUGCUGAUGUUCAGAAGUGUUCAGACGUCACUGGUCACGUCUGCUUGGUUAGUCAACUGCUACGUGCAUGUCUUCUUAAUUUUGCACCUGAAUAGGAAAAAAAGCCUUAAUGUUACCAAUUGUUAAUGACAGUUAUUGAAGAAAAUGUUUUUAAAAGGCUAUUGUCCUGGAAAGUUCAAAUGUAACUUGAACUUUUCUAGGGAGCUCAUCCUCCUUCAAUAGAAAUAUAGUAUUUUUUAAAUUGGAUGUUUAUGAAUUCAAAAUGAAUUAUAUACUGUUCAGCAGUGAAGAAUUCAGACUGAAUCUCAGAAAUGAAAGAGAAUGGUAUGAACAGAUCAAGUUACUAUUUUCUUGGGAGUAUAUUUACUGCUUUUGGAUUCAAACAACUGAAGCCAGAAUUGUAUACGUGCUAAAUAAAUUAAAAAUUCCCUCCCAGAAUUACUACAUUUUAACUCUUGCACUAGUUAUGUAUAAAUAAGUAGAAACAUAUUUUUUUCUUGUGGGAAUGUAUCACACAGCAUCCACAGGUAUCUCCUCCUGUGGCUACCUGCAUUUAAAAGUACGUUUUAACAGCCCACUCAGAUGCUUAAUUAGUUUAAACUGUUGUUACAUGUUCAAUGGGCCUUUGAGAAGACAGAUGUCUUUCCCUAGGUUGCCUCUGCAUUAAAAUGGAUUGAAUCGGGGGGUUUUCUGCUUUUGUUGUUCGGAUCCAAAAUGCUUUUCUAUAGAAAGAAAAAUAAAAUUAUAAGAAAUAGAUGUGUUCUUACUGAAGUGUUCAUAUCUCAUAUUCAUACCACUCUCUCCUGUUUUUAAAGAAAGCAGUCCAGCAACUUAAGGUCAGUAAAGUAUUUCUGUGUCAGUUAUUGUGGUUGCUGUAAUAAAAAAUACUUCAAGUAUCUAA